AUGUCUAACCCGAAUAAUACUGCUGGAGCAAAGCGGCCAUGGGGCACCAAGCUGUACUCCACCUUAACGCACGACAGGUCUAACGCAUACCAGCAGCAACAGCACCAGCAACAGCAGCAGCAGCAGCAACAGCACCAGCACCAGCAGCAGCAGCAGCAACAGCAGCAGCCAGAUAUUAUAGGAGGAGCACGAGGGAGAUCCCCUAGUUUGCGUCGUGUGGGUGAACUAUUCAGGAAGUUUAUCGGACCUGCCUGUGGCAAUCACGUGGCUGAUCCAGAAACAGCAGCAGCGCCUUCAGCAGCAGCAGCAGCACGUGCAGCAGCAGCAGCAACACCGGAGGCGAAUUCACAUGCUGCAUCAGCACGCCCAAGAAACCGUUCGCAUUCUGUUGAGCAAUUCUUAAGACGACUAUUACCAACAGCAUCAACAGCAAAGCCUCGCAAGUCCGAUACACCACAGUGUGCUUCGGCUGCAAAUGUUGGUGCUGCUGCUGCCGCUGCCGCUGCAGCAGCUGCUGUGGCUACUGCUGCGGAGUGCGGCAGCAACGCAAAGCACACAAAUCAUAAAGUGACGGGCCAGCAGCAGCUGCACCCAGAGCAGCUGUGGCAGAAACAGCAGCAGCAACAGCAGCAGCAACGUAGCAAUGUCCGCGGCAGAACACAGCAGCGGUGUGGGGCCAAUGGAGUGCUGCCCCGCAGCAACUGCAACAAGGCCAGUACUCCGACAACAGCAGUCGCAGCAGCAGCAGCAGCAGCAGCGGCAGCAGCAGCAGCAACAGCAGCAGCAGUUUCUGCAGCAGGGGCUUCCCCUGCUGGAUGCGACGAGGAAUUCUUUAGGGAAGAAGAGGAUGCAGCAGCAGCAGUUACUGCAGCAGCAGCUGCUGCUGCUGCUGCUGCUGCAGCGGCAACACAGACACAGCGGCACACCAAUACGGGAAGGCGUGUGGCCUCUCCUUUGCUGCAGGGCAGCAGCUGCAGCAAAGAGCAGAGGAGCAGCAAGACAGAGCACCCCUUUACUUGUCCCAUUCAAGGCCCUUCAUUUGUUGCAGAGGAUCGGUGGAGCAGCAACCGCAGCAGCAGCAGCAGCGACAGCUGGCCAGGGACGCCUGAGGGCUUCAGCUCAGCUCGUGUGGAUCCUGGACUGGGUACACCACCAGCAGGCGUGAGCAGCAACAGCAGCAGGAGCAACAGCAGCAACAGCAGCGACAGCAGCAACAGCAGCAACAGCAGCAGAAGCAGGAGUAAAGGGGCAGAGGAAGUGGUACUGCUAGAGAGAAGAACAACACAAAUAACCACCAUUACCACCAUUAGUGCACAACCAGAGGAAGGGAAGAGUACAGUUGUCCGCAGCAGCGAGGAAUGUACAGUAGAUGAGCUGCAGCAGCACUGGAGCUUCAGCAGCGGCAACAACAGCAGCAGCAACAGCAACAGCAACAACACCAGCAGCAGCAGCACCAGCACCAGAAGCAGCAGCAACGCAAACGCAGCAACAGGUACACAGACAGAGGACGGAUAUAUGGAGCAGAUUAACGCCUCAUUAGAUGAACGGCAGCAGCAACAGCCACACCAGCAGCAACAGCAACCGCAACAGAAGCAACAGCAACAAGAAGGCCUGCUGCAAAAGGCGCAACAACUGCCACAACAGGAGCAGCAGCAACACAAAGACCAUCAGCAGCAGCAGCAGCAGCAGCAGCCUACGGUUUGUGGUAGCCCGACCCCCAGCGUCAGCACAGCUGCUUCCUUGCCUUCUCCCCCUUUUGUCAGUCAACCUUCUGCAUACAAGCAACCGAAGCAGCAGCAAGUGCAGCAGCAGCAAGUGCAGCAGCAGCAAGUGCAGCAGCAGCAAGUGCAGCAGCAGCAAGUGCAGCAACUCCUGCAGGAGCAAGCAGAGAGGCAGCAACUGCAGCCGCAGAUGGAGCAGCAGCACGCCUACUCUGUUCCCAUUCCGGUGUCCCUGCCUGCUUGUGAACAGCAGCAGCAGCAGCAGCAGCCAGGGCUGCUGCUGCAUUCUGAGGUGCCGCUUCAGGCGCCUUCUAUUGCAGCAGACGGGUACGUUACUGCUGUUUUCCCCCCUUGGGUAUAUCCUGUGCAGCUACAGCAGCAGCAGCAGCAGGUAGCAGGAGCAUCAGUGCCUAUCAACUCAGCCGAUUAUUACGUGCUGCCCCAGCCGCUGCCCCAGCCGCUGCCCCAACCGCUGCAGCAGCCGUUGCAGCAGUCGCAACAGCAGCCGCAACAGCAGCCGCUGCAGCAGCCGCAACAGCAGCCGCAACAGCAGCCGCAACAGCAGCCGCAACAGCAGCCGCAACAGCAGCAAGACACGUGUCCGCUUCCGAAUGGCCUGCAAGAGGAGCGGCAGCAGCAACCAAGGACACAACGGCUUCUGAUGUCAACAGAAGCGCUGCAGCAACAGCUGCAGCAGCAGCAGUUGCUGCUGAAAUAUCAGCAGGAGCUGUUGGAGGCGCAGCAGCAGCAGCUGUGGCAGCAGCAACAGCAGCACCAACUGCUAAUGCAGCAGCAGCAGCUAAGGGCCCCCCGUGUAAGGCCGUUUUCUUAUAAUGCUGCAGCAGUAUCCUCAGGUAUAUUCGCUGGCCCCCCCGAUCCACUGCUGGUGACGAUGAGGCCUGCAGGUUCUCGCCGCGCUGCUGCGGCUGCUGCUGCCGCUGCCGCUGCUGCCGCUGCUGCUGCUGAUGCUGCUGCAGACGCUGCUAUCGCAGGAGCUGCUGAUGCCGCAAAAGAAGAAGCAGCAUCGCCAUUAAGCCCAACAGCUCCAAGCUUCUCUAGCGUUGCUGAGACUCAAGAGCAGCAAACAAAACCUCAAGAACAAGAAGAACAGCGACAAGGACAGCAGCAGCAAGAGCAGCAGCAGCAAGAGCAGCAACAGCAACAGCAGAAUAAGCAAGAACAGCAGAAGAUGCCCCGCGCGGCUGUUCGGCGUGGAGGUUCGCGCACACCCAAGCGUGUCAGCUGGGCGGAAAGCGAAGCAACACCAGCAGAAACAGCAGCAGAUACAGCAGCAGCAGCAGCAGCAAAUGCAGCAGCAGCUGCUGUUGUGUCCUCUCUUCCUUUUGGUUUAACAAAGCACCAAGAAGAAGAUAUUUGGCUCUCUCCCUCAACAGGCAGCACUGCAGGUACUCCUCCUUGUACAGAAGAAGAAAGCCCUGUAGCAGCAGCAGCAGCAGAGCUGCCUCUUUACUCAACACUGAAUGAAGUAUCGCCAUCAUUCGUGCACUAA